UUAGCAAACUUCGGAUGCGCGAAUCGAAUUUUACCCGAUCGGGCCGAUUUUCAUCCCUUCUACAGCCGGCAAAAAGUGUCCCUGCAGAGAGCUCCGCUAUUUCUGACAGUUCUCUGACAGUUCCUUCACAUUUACAGCAGUUGAAACAUUGUAUCUAUUCGUUUCCAUUUAGGAUACAGAUUUUUUAUUCGGAAACAAAUAGAUACAAUGUUUCAACCGCUGUAAAUGUGAAGGAACUGUCAGAGAACUGUCAGAAAUAGCGGAGCUCUCUGCAGAUACACUUUUUGCUGCACUGGAAUUCUUCUUCAUCCUCAUCCUACUUCUUCUUCUUCUUCUUCUUCUUCUUCAUCCUCAUCCUACUUCUUCUUCUUCUUCCUCUUCUUCUUCUUCUUCUUCUUCUUCUUCUUCAUCCUACUUCUUCUUCUUCUUCUUCUU